AUGGAUAAAUUUCGAGUGCUCUUCCAGCACUUCCAGUCCAGCUCCGAGUCGGUGAUAAACGGCAUCUGCCUGCUGCUGGCCGCGGUCACAGUCAAGCUGUACUCCUCCUUCGAUUUCAACGGCCCCUGCCUGGCGCGCUACAAUGCUCUCUAUGGCCUGGGCCAGCUGCUCACGCCCCCAGCCGCCCUGUUCCUCUGAAGCCUCCUGGCCAACCAGCAGUCCGUGGGGAUGGUGGAGGAGAGGCGCCGGCCUGCGGGGCACCGAAGGAAGGACCCAGGCAUCAGCAGGUAUAUGUUCUCUGUGCUGCAGAGAGCACUGGCUGCCCUUGUCUGGAUCCUGCUGGCUCUCCUCGAUGGCAAGUGCUUCGUGUGUGUCUUCAGCAGCUCCGUGGACCCCGACAAGUUUCUAGACUUUGCCAACAUGACCCCCAGCCAGGUGCAGCUCUUUCUGGCCAAGGUGCCCCGCAAGGAAGAUGAGCUGGUCAGGGACAGCCCCGCUCGGAAGGCAGUGUCUCGCUACCUGCGGUGCCUGUCACAGGCCAUCGGCUGGGGUAUCACCCUGCUGCUGAUCGUCGUGGCCUUCCUGGCCCACUGUUUGAGGCCCUGCUUCGACCAGACAGUCCUCCUGCAGCACAGAUACUGGAGCAACUACGUGGACCUGGAGCAGAAGCUCUUCGAUGAGACAUGCUGUGAGCACGCGCGGGACUUCGCGCACCGCUGCGUGCUGCACGUCGCCAGCAAGCAGAGCGAGACGCGGGUGCGGGGGCUGCGCCGGGACCCCGCGGGCAGGGGUCCAGAGACUCCUGAGAUGCCCGAGCCCCGCGAGGGCCUGGACGGUGGAAGCGGGAAAGCCCACCUGCGCGCAGUCUCCAGUCAGGAGCGGGUGGACCGCCUCCUGAGCACCUGGUACUCCAGCAAACCACCACUUGACCUCACGGCAUCUCCUGGACUCUGGGGGGGGGCGGCCCCAGGCACCAGGCCACCCCAGCACACCGACGUGUAA